AUGGACGUGCCUCCACCACCAGCAGAGGUUCUACAACCACCUCCGCCCAACGAUCGCGCCAAGAUGCCGGACCUACGACUUCAAUAUCUACUCUGGGGUCAGCAAUCUUACCCAGAUUUCACUCCAGAGUGCAGUCAACUCGUGGCUAUGGCCAAGUAUGUGUGCGACAUGGAUGCUGCAAACUACAUGAUGUCCAACAAGCAAAAGCUCAUGCUAGCCAUGCUCAUCGACGGAGACAGUUGGCGUGCUCAUUGUCGUCAAGCUUUCCACUACAAGGAUGGUGCAUGGGUUCGAGCGGACUCACUCUAUCUGGAUGCGUGGGAAAUCCUUAUGGCCUUGGAAGGUCUCUUCGUGCAAAUGUCGCUGGACGUUGAGGCUGCGGGUCACCAGGUGGAAUGGACAUGGACAUCCGCAAGCUUUCAUAUUGUGCAAAUCAUCCGUGGUCUCAUGCAGGGCACGGAGACGGUGAUCAAGACACUAUGCGGGGUAGCCAAAACGAACAGUGAUCAUGUUCGAAAGGCAACUAGCAACAAAACUUGGCAUGCUCAGUGGAGUCGCCGUGUCGCCGACAUGCUCGCGCAGUACCGUAAGACGUGGGAAAAUGAGUUUUUGUCUAAGCCCUUGUCCAAGCUCUUUCUUGUGGAGUGGGACGCUCCUUUGCCUCGUUCCAAGGGUGUCUGCUUCCUGGAUGUCUUCUUGGACGAAAAUUGGGAGAUUGCACCCAAGUCCCGGGACCACAACUGCUACCUCAAGCUGAACUACCACUUCUUGUAUGAGCAGGUAGUUGCGCAGGAUCCUAGCAUAGAUGUGGAGGACUAUCGUCGCAGACUUCGUUCGUUCCUGGAAUCCCUCUAUUACGAGAAUGCCCAUGCCUUCGAGAUCAAGCUUUGCUUUCUUCAUGCUGCUUUCAAGCGGGUUUGCACAUCUAAGAUGAUCUUCCAGAUUGGGAAGGGAGGGGACGGCAAAGGUAUGGAGGCCAUUUUGGAUCGAGCUCUCUUUGGUGAUCUUGCGUCCUCGACUCUGGACUGUGGUGUCUUUCUCGAUCGCGGCGAAUUCCGUAAGUCAGCUGAGCUGGCCUGGAAUGCAGCGAAUGUUAGGAUUCAGGAAAUGGAUCAACGGGCCCAUUUCCAUGCUGACAUAUGGAAGCGUUUCGUUGUGAAUGAGGAUAUAGACUGCAGAGUGAACUAUGGGUUCACUACAAAACGGCGCUUUGGUGACAGUUUGAAAGUCCAAGAGCUCAACUAUGACAACAUACCUGUCAUAGAAGAGGCUCGUGAUCGCAACAAGAGCUGUCAGCAGCUCGAACGUCGUGUCGUCUGUGUACGCAUGGGCAAGGGCAAAUUCACGGCAGCUGAGAAUGAGGUGGAUCCCGAGAAGGGUGUGUUCCUUUUGCUGUCUCAGGAGGAGCUGUCUUCUUUGCUUUCACAUGAGGUCACCGCCGCUCUUUAUCUACGUGAAUAUUGCAUACCGUUCUUUCAGGAGACAAGCCUGGAAGAGGCGUUGAACAUGAUCAAUAAUCUGGGUGAAGUCCAUGCCGACUUGCUAAGCGACACGAAGUGGCUAGCCUCGCGGUUAGCCGGUGGGAAUGCUCCGCCUCCAGGGGAAGGUGUCUGCGAUUUGUCGGAGAACAACGACACAGUCAUUGCAGCCCAUUCUCAGACGCCUUGGAAAAGAACAAUCAGGGAGUAUCUUAUCCACAAAAUUGAAUCGCUACCCGGUGCGAUUUCGUCUUCGAAAGGCAAGCGCACGAAACUCUCGCACCUGAUCGAGGCUGUGGACCAUGUAGAUGUGCUCUUGCUCAAGCAGGUUGAUCACAGCACGUUCCACAAGCUUCUCAUCGAUUGGCAGCGCUUGGUUCCUGCAAUGGAGGCUAACGGCGGGUCCGCAGUCUUCGGCACUUGGGCACAAUGGAGUGAUCCUUUCGACCUUCUGCAUUUACAGGAAAAGUGGACAGGAUCUGCUUUCCAGCAUGACGCCCAGAUGAUUCGUCAGAACAAAAGCCUAUCCGAAGACUUGGCUUUCUUGGGUCGUUUGAGUGAGGCUCGGCUACAUGAGAAGAUUAACUUGUCCGCACUGGAAGCAUAUGCUCGAGCAAGAACUGAUCGCAGACAAGACCUCCUGGAUGCGUACAUCACACGUCAUCGUCGUGAUGGUUUCAGUCACGGCGACUACUCCACCAUCGAGGUCGAGUACUACAGACGACAGCAUUAUGGCCGUCUCAUUUCUCGUGGGCCCUCCGGUCAGAAGCUUACGCGCGAAGCACGCUACGCUGCAUUCAGCUCUCAUUGUGUCGAAGUUGAUGCACCGUGCUGUCACCCACGACUUCUUGUUCAGAAACUCAGAGAUGCAGGACUAUGGGACGAACAGAAGUACUCUAUGCUGGCUCUCGUUGUACUUCAUUGCAACAGUUGGUGCCAGUGCCUCGCGACCUAUUCGGACUACACGGUCAUGGAUGCAAAGGUGGAACUCAUUCGAAUCUUUUAUGGGGGCCGUCCUAGCAUUGAAGCACCAUUUCUCUUGAAAUUAUGUGACGAGGUCCAGCGCGCUGCCGUUGCCUUGCUCAGAACUCCUGAAGCGAGCUGGUUCAGCGAUUUGUACGGGGAUCGUCCCAAUCCAGAAUUUAGUCGUCUUUCAGCCAUGCUUUCUUUUGAGGAAGCCAAGCUACUGCAAAUCAUGCGAUCUCGGCUGGAGGACCAGGUGCAGGUCCUUAUCUUCGACGGCUGCUACAUCGAAUACUGUGACAUCGAUCUCGUGGCAGUUACAGAGGAGGAUGGCUGCAUCUCCGCCAAAGAUUUCAAUGACCAGAUGAUGUAUGCCUCCCAUCGAGCCGUCUCAGAGGGCUAUCGCAUGAUCGUCCAGAACGAUAUCAAUCUGGUUGGCCUCAAGAACUCCGCUGAGGUCCGCUUCUGUCAUCAGGUUCAAUCAGAUGGAGGUCACUGGUGGGGUAUCAACUUUAUGACCGACUCCCAGGUCAUGAUCGUAGAUUCCGAGUGCAAUGGCCGCCGCCUCAUCACUGACUUCGAUAGCUUCAUUCGUCUUGCAUCAACUAUGCAGAACAUGACUUGGUUUCGUCUCGAUAUUCGUCCACGUUCCUGGAUUCAUCCGGAUCAGGAGGCAUACAAUCUCCGUGGAGCUGGGCCUCUGAAAAGACCAGCAGGACGUGGACGUCGUCUUUGUCAAUCCAAAGCCGGGUUCACCAAGAACUUCCUUGCGUACCACGCGGCUCUACAGUUUCGUGGUGGAUUAAGCGUACAUGCAAUCUCCUACGCGCAGAAGGAAGCUCUUUGGCAAGACUCCAAUGAGCACGUGCGAUGGCGUCAGGAGUACUCCGCUGCGCAACUGUACUUCAAUGUACUGUGUGUAGCGGAGACCAUGCAUGACAAGGAGGAAAGGGAGACGCUUCUGAAGUACAUGCACCAGAUUGACAUAGCAAAUCCACUAUCGGACGAAUUCAUGACUGAGUACACAAGAUGGUGGAGAGCAAAUGUCUGCUCGGAAGAAGAGGCUGCUUUGAUGAAGGACAUCGUAAUCGACGGCCACGAAAAGGUGUCCAGUAAGUGUGCACACGCUCCGCCAAAGCAUGCAGGCAGAGUGCAUCCAGGGACAGGCUUGAUCAUUGGCUUGCGAGAAAUGAUCGACCCUGAGAACAACAACAUUGCAGUAAAUGUGCUGAAUGACGUCGCCUACAUGCUGCCGAACCUCGAUUGCGUGAUCUAUGAUCGCAUGUGCAGCUGCAUGAAGGCUGCAUCCCAGUCGCACGCUUUGAAAAGCAUCCGCUACUGGUGCAUCGACAAGUUUCAUGCAUAUGGACAUUCGGAUGGUUGUGUUUGCUCGCCACUGGUGCACAAUCGUUUGGCAACAAGAUUGCGCGCGGUCAACACCUCCAUCGCCGAACAGACGUUCAAGUGGUUCCGGGGUUACGCGAGCACAUUCAACACGAUGUCCAGGACCACGCAUCUCUUCUACGUCUUCCUCUACGUACAGAAGCACAAUGAAGUCCUCGCCCUCGAAACGCCCUUCUUGCUCCACACGCUCCUCCUCCUUGAAGAGGCCGUCGACUUCCAAACGAACAUGAGCCAAGAGCUGGCACUAGAAGUCUUGACCUCAGCUCCAUUGCGUCUGGCAGUCAGCGUGGUAACACUAAUCAACUGUCUGCAAAACUUCUUGGGAACAUCCGCCUUCGUGUCGGUGCUCCGCCCAACCAUUGCGGACGAUGCCAAGAUUGUGCAGAGCCUUCGUGAUUACACUCGCCGAGAUGCAAACAGUGGUGCUGCAGACCUGCUGCAGCAGCGCCGUCACAAGCCGGUGUCACGAUGGAAGCUACCGUCGGCAGCAGCAUGGCAGAAGGCCAUGGACAUUGCAGCCUCCGCAACGGCUCGCUGGCUGAAGCGCUUGAGAGACAAGGCAACUGCGGCAGAGGAGGUGACGCCCGACAAGAACCAAGCUAAGGCAGCCCGUGCGAGUGAUGCGAACAUGGAGGGUGCUGAGGAGGGUGCAAACGCGGUGGAUGUGGCCCGGCGCAAGCUCCUGGCUGGCAUCGCUAUCGAUCUGGAUCCCGAUGCGGGCUUUCAGACCAUUUUCGCUGCGCUGAGCACGUGCAAACGCGAGGCGGUCACAGUCACGGAGGCCAAGUCCACCGGCAUCGGCAAGCUGGUACGCCGCCUUCGUGAUUCGUCCAAGGUGGCCCCGAUGAAGGCACUGGCAGGAGAAUUGUUGACGGCCUGGUUGUCUCAGAACCGCGAAAAUAGCGACGGCACAGUAGAUCCCAAGUAG